GGCGGCGGGGCCGCGAGUGCGGAGCGCGGGGAAGGUGGGAAUAGCGCGGAGCCCCGGGGCUCCCCCCGCCUAGAUAUUCCACCCCCCCCAUCGGGAGCUUUGUUUGCUUAAGCACCUCAGGGGGUUGCACAGCGCAGGGGGGGCUGCGCUUGUUGAUUCUUUCCCCCCCUUCCCAAAUUAUUUCUGCAGGGGAAGGUGGGGUGCGCGGCCGCGGGUGGAAGCCGGCCGGGGGCAGCCGGGGGGACACAAGAUGUUUGACUUCUUUCUUUCUUUUUCUUCCUUUUUGUUUUUGGCUGGGGAGGGGGAAGACGAGGAGUCGAGCCCCGGUGCAGGCGGAGGAACUGGGUGUUCGGAAGAUGUUGCAAACCAUUGACUGGAGCGUUUGAAAGGGAGAUCGACUGCUUUGGCUUUUAUUUCCACCACCCCCCUCACCCCCACCUCUCCGAGGGGUAGGGAUGUGUGUGAUCAGGGAGUGGAAACAAAUAUGUCCUUAUUUUCAAUGGUCCCUUUGAAAGAGACAAAGUAAAUGCUCCUUGCAAAAUGUUCCUGACCUGCGAAGGGACCUUCGGAAUUGUUCCAGCCACCAUGGAUUACAAUGGGGAAGCCAGGCCGGGGGAUUUUCAUGCCGGCUAUCAAGAAAUCGAAGGGAUAAACUUGGGAUACUUACAGAUCAAUGGCACCCAGAUGUUUGCUUUGGCCCAGGUCCUCAGCGACCUGUUUAAGGAUAUCCCCAGGACCACCAUCAGCAAGAAGAUGGAAACCUUAAAGAUCAAGAGCCGACGCUGCGAUCUCAAGGAGCUCCGGACCCUCAAAGCCAUCAACUCCGUGCCCACCCGCGCCGUGAAAUGCUCGCUCAUCUCCAAGGCGGACCUGGAGGCUCUCUGCACCUCCUGCAAGAGCCUCGGCCCGCGGAGGAGGAAGAGGAAAAGGAAGAGCAAGAGGAGGGAGCAGCUGCUGCUGCCGGCCCCGGGGGGGCUCUUCCCCUGCCCCAGGCCCCCGCUGCUGCCGCCCUGCAGAGCCGGGGGCUGCUGCGCGCCGUCGGCGCCGGCCCCGCUGCUGCCGCAGCCCUUCCAUCGGGCCCUCCCCGCCGGCGAAGAGCCCCCCCGGGGCCGGCGGGGCUGCGGGCUGGCGGGCCGAGCCGGGGGGCUCUUUGCCGGGGUCCUGCCCAGCUGCCCCCGAGCUCUGGCGCGGCUGCCCCCCCCUUCCGCGGCCCCCCCCGUGCCCCCCGCCCCGCGCAAACGGGGGCCCUGCUGCGCAGAGCGGCUCUUCUCGGCGGGGGGGCCCCCCGCGGCCCCCGGGAAAGGCCGUUCCGCCGCUUUCCCCGGUUCCAAGCGGCAGGGAACCUCCGCCGGCUACUCCAGCGACUCGGACUCCAGCCUGGACUUCGGCGGGUCCAGCCCCGCCACCUCCAGCGACUCGUCGGAGGAGGAGGAGGAGGAGGAAGAAGAGGAGGAGGAGGAGGAAGGGGACAGCUCGUGCAGCAGCGAGGAAGGCAGCUCCUCAGAGUCAGAGAGCAGCUCGCUGUGCAGCGGGGACUCGGUGCAGAGCACCCGGUACAGGCAGGCGGCUCUGCCGCGCUUCCCACCGCAGCCCCCGCGGGAGCCUCUGGGUGAGGAGCGCCCCGUCGAGCCCCCCCUCCCGGGCGCGGGCAAAGCCCUGCGGCCUGACCCCAGCCUCCUCUUCCUCUCGCAGCAGCUCUGGGCCAGGACUUUGCGAGCAUCAACUUUGGAAAGUUUAAGCCCGGCUCCAGCCCUGGGCUCGGGGGCCCAGCCGGAGCCGUACGCAAAGCAGGAGGCCUCCCCUUCCUCCUCCUCCUUCUCCUCCAUCUCCUCCUCCUCCUCCCCCCCUCCCUCCCCGAGUAGCACCCCUGGGGGGGAUCCGCAACAAAAGGAGGGAGGCUUUGGGGACGCGGAGCCCUGCGCCAAAGGGGAGGAUUUGCACAAAGAUGCCUCGAACAAUGGAGCCUCGUUAGGCCCCGGUGAGCAGGCGGAGCGGCCAAGCGGAGCUUUACCCGGGCGAGCGCCUGCCCCGGAGCCGGCCCCGGCCUCUGUACCGGAGCUGGCGGGGGGGCCUGGCCCCGUGCCCCCUGGGGAUGGGGGGGAGCCCCGACGGGACCACUUCGACCGGCUGAUCCGGCAGUCCAAGCUGUGGUGUUACGCCAAAGGCUUCAACCUGGACGGGAAAAGUUUGCGGCAGGGCGGGAGGCCGGAGCCCGGCAGAGCUGCAGAGCUCCCCCCCACCGGCUGCAAACGGCCCGGGAGCCCCGGCGCCCCGGUGCACCGGGUUGCGAGGGGCAGCAGCGCGGAGGGGAGCGGCAAACGCAGCCGCCCUGCCCGCGGCACCGGCGGGGAGCGGCAGCGGGGAUCCGCCAAGGGGGGGGCACGGAAGGCUCCGCGGAGGAACGCCAGGAAGGGAAGCGCUCCUUGCAAACGCCUCGGCAACGCCGGGCCGGCCCCGCCUCGGAAUUCCUUCAGCCUCAUGGGCAACUUCCCUUGUAUUCCCUCCCUGGUCGUGGGGGAAGAUGGGGACUUGUGUCCUGCUUCUUCCCUGGGGGGCAAAAACUCUUGGGCUCUCUCCAAAACUCACCCGCUGUGGAGCUGGCACUUGGGGGGCAACGCCAUUCCGGUGCCCCCCAGCCUCAAGUUCCGGGGCUGUAGCUUGGAGGAUCUCUAAGGACAGCGCCCGGCCCGGAGGAAAGGUUAACGGGCAAGAGAUGAGAGCGGCGGGGAGGACCCGGGGGGGGUCCGGGCCGGGGGGUGUUUGGGAGCGGCCUUCUCGUCCCACCGGGCCAGGGGUCCCGGCCGGGCGGGGCUGCCCGAGGAACCGGGGGAGGGGAGCCGCAGGGUGCGGGAGCGUUUCGGGGGGCCCCGCUCUGGUCGUGUGGAGGAUAUGAUAUUUUUGUGGCCGUGUAUGUGCCGGGGUUCGGUGUUCGUUUCGUUUAAGGAUGAAGCUAAAACUCCGGGGGUGUCAAUGGACCCCCUCCCUCACCUCCCUUCCCCAUGGUCUCGGUGGAGGGUUAUUCCCUGCGAAGGGAUUGGGGAUGAACCGCGGAGCUGAGAGCGGAGGAAGGGGCCGCCCGGCUAAACCCGGGAGAGAAAAGAUCCAAUUUCUCCCUUUUCCUGCAUAAAUGCAUUGGAUUAAACUAUUAAUAAUGACACUCUGAGGGCAAUAACGGUGGCCCCGAGCACAGGCACCGGCGUCCGCUUGGGAUAGUCCAGGGAAAUGGGGAGCAGCGAUUCCAAAUCACGGCGUUACAGGGGGGCGAUGGUGAUUUCUGUCUGUUUGAGAGACGGGGAGGAAAAAAAAAGAAUAGAGCAGGAAAUUCAGUUUGUUAAACCAGGAUUCUUGGAGGGGAAGUGGUUUGAAACUGCUGCGCGUUUAUUAAAUAAAAGAAAGGAAAAUUAAACCUGAAAACUGAGCAGGAAAAGGGAGGUUUUGCCGGAUUUCAGCCCCUGUAGCCCGAGGGCAGCGUUUGGAAAAUCUUUCCUCCCCCACCUCCCCAGGAAAUCGGAUCCGGAGCAUUGGCAGGAGGGGACAGAUGGACAAUUUGAUCCCGGCCGAGCUCCGGAGCGGAAUGCGGGGAGGAAUGCGGGGGGAAUGCCUCUCCUCCGCGGAGGAAACCAUAUCCCAGUUUAACUUUCCUUGCGAACCAGUGGCUUUGUAACAGGCCCUUUUGACUAUUCCUGAUGUGAUUUCCACCCCGCUUUGGCAUCAAAGCCCGACGGGCUCUCUGAAGUCCGCUCUGGUUUGGGAAAUCAAAGCUGGUGCGUGGGGGUUCCCCUUUUUUUUCCUUCUUUUUUUUCCUUUUUUUUUUUUUUUUAAUUGAGGGGAAUAUGGGUUAUUUUUCCCUCCGUUCUUUGCAACAGAAAAUAUUCGCAGCCCACGGCCGGGAAUCGCUCAAUGCCCCCUCGGGAAUUUCUAUUGUUUUCCUCCAAAAUUUGGCUUCUAGGAAAAAAAAAAACCCCUAUAAUUAAUAAUAAUAAUGAUAAAAAUCCCUUUUCAGUGUCUUUUGCGGGAAGGGAAAAGGGAGGCCAAGGAGAAUCAUCGCAGGAUUCAAUAGAAAAGAUCCCGAUCGGGCCCGGCCCGGCUUGAUUUGGUUGGUUUUUAGUUUAAUUCCAUCAGUGGGUAAAAAAUAAAAAUGGGGGGGGGAGAGGAAAAAGACAUUUUUAAGGUCAAAGCGUAUUUUGUCUCUGUUAAUCGCUGUUUUUCUUGGAGAAGGGGAAUUGUUGCUGAAAGCAAUGUUUGUUUGACUUGGGUUUUUAGAGGCUUUUUUGGUUAACUGCGGGUUUUGUUUAUCCUCCCCCCCUCCCGUGCAGAAAAGGGGGUUCGGCUCCCCCAAAAUAUUCAGGUUUUAUCGCUGAGGACGCUCACCAAAAAAAUCACCCCCAACCCCCAACCCUGCGGGGGGGUGGUGGAGAAAAGCCGAUUUUUGGGAGUUUGCAUCCAGGAAUCAGGCAAAUCGGGGGGGUGGGUGGGGGGUGUGUCCUGCCCCGUGUGUCCCCGCACCCCCUAACUUGGGAAGGGGACAUGGAGAUGGGGGGCAAACGCUCCCGUUUUCCGUGUAAGCCCCGAGCACGAUCGCUCGCUCCCGGCCCGCAACUGCCCUAAAUCCGGAUCGGGUUAAUAAUGUAUUUUCUAGGAAAAAAAAAUUAAAAUGAAAUAAAAUAGAAUUUAAACUAAAUUGCGGGAGGGAGCCCCGACCGCACAAAGCGGCGGCCGCGCUCCGCGCCCGCGGAAAGCAGGCAGGAAACCCCGAGAUCCGCGCAGGGAAUGAAUGCUAAUAUAUAUAUAUUAAUGUGUGUGUAUAUAUAUCUCUAAAAGCAGCAACCCCCAGACUCCGCCGCUCAAUCUGAAACAGCCAAAUAACUCAGGAAUUCUUUUUGUUAAGGGAUAUAAACACCUCGGGAAGCGCGCAUGGGGGGGGUCCCUCCGCAUGUGCGGGUCCCUGGCUAUUUAUCUCAGUGUAUAUUUGCCUAUGGCCGUGUGGAUGUGCGGAAACCACGGCGAUUAAUUAAUACACGACAUGGGGGGACGUGAAUCAACCCGUAGGUAUUUAUGUGCCGAGCUGUGGGUAGGUGCAGGGAUCUGUAUAUAAUGCGGGAGGGUGGGGGGGGGGUUGUACCAGGGCUGUGAAUACAAUAUAAAAUACCUCAAAACUUGCCACCCCCUCUUUGAAUGGCUCCUCAAGCAGCAGAACGCUCCCGUUCCCAGCAAAUAAUAAUUAUUCUUAAUAUUAACCAUAAUUAUAAUCCCCGUUUUUUUUUUUAAACCUGUUUUAAAGGAAAUCAAGUGAUUUAAAUAAAGAAAAGUCAUCUUCCUAGCAAUCCUCUAGCAGGAAACUGUGUGUGUGGGGGGUGGCCUUGCAUUGAAAGUAAAUAGAAUUCAAAUUAAAAUGAAAAAGAAAGGAAACCCCAAAUUAUUAUCAGAAAUAGCCUAUUUUGACAUAAAACCUGAACAAACCAAGCGCUAGAUGAGUGGAAGAAGCAAUUCCUCUGCAGGACACAGUGAGCUCGAGGUUCGAGGGCUACAAACUAGUUCUGGUUUUGAGCAAAAAGAUCAACUCGCAUGGCCAGGACAGCGUAAAGGGUAUAAAGGCACCUUUCUAAGGUCGUUAGUGCGUUGCUUUAUCUCCAAACGGGUGCAAAAGAAGCAAAAAAAAAAAUCGAUUUUUGUUAUUUUAUUUGAUUUUAUUUUGUUCCCCUCAUAAAAACGUUUGUGUAGGUAGGAGAAAACCGAAAGUAUCUUGUAAAAAAAAAAAAAAAAAAGAAAAAAAAAGAAUACAUAAAAUAAAACUUUUAUGAAAGGGUGCUGCUUUUAAAAACGCAGCUUUAGACUCAGGAAAAGAAAAUAUCUCAGCUUGGAUACGGUUGUGGUGCUUUGUAAUCCCGGUUUGUGAGGGUUUCUUUUCGGGCUGGGGGGGUUCAGGGACCUUUGCUCUCUCUUUGCGUUGCUGGAUUCAAUAUUCCCACCCCUCUUCUGGGUUUAAAACUGUCCGUGACUUCUCUGCUGGACCCCCCCGGAUCCAGGGAUGCUUCUGCCCCCCGGGAUCAUUCCUUUUUGAGGGGUGCUGUGGGUGAGAAGGGGGGUAUUUCCCCAGGCUGGGCCCAUCCAGCGGCCGAUGCUGCCGUUCUCCUAAACCACGCAUUUCAAUACAACCGCCCAGGGGAGGAAAAGAGCCUUUUCCAGCCAUGGAUUGGGAUUUCUGCUUAGAUUUACUGUACCUUUAUUUAUUUGAAGUUGUUGUAAGUAUACGAUGAUGAAAGUGUUAAUUCCUGCGUGCAAUAUGGAAUCUAGGCUGAGAAAUAAAUAUCUUUUUUUGUUGGUU